UAGAAUGAGUUGGCACACAUACCGGAAGUAGAUUAAUGUGAAGCGUAAUCAGAGUGCAGUGGAAGUUGUGACACGUAUCUGCAAGCCUUUCUGUGAAUGUUUCUGCUUUUACUUCAAAUUCGACUCGCAGGUAGCAGUCAUGAGUCUUCAAUGGACGGCUGUGGCUACGUUUCUGUACGCCGAGGUUUUUGCGGUACUGCUGCUCUGUGUCCCUUUCAUCUCCCCAAAACGAUGGAGCAAAUUUUUCAAGUCUAGACUGGUCACUGUCAUCACAACGUAUGGAAACACUGCCUUCAUUGUCAUCAUUUGUAUUCUUGUCUUUCUGCUCGUAGAUGCAUUUAGAGAAGUGAGAAAAUACAGUGUGACAGAGAAAGUGGAUCUGAGCAACAACCCCGUGGCCAUUGAGCACAUCCACAUGAAGCUCUUCAGAGCCCAGAGGAACGAAUACAUCGCCGGCUUCGCUCUGCUCCUGUGUUUGCUGUUGAGACGUCUGGCCACACUGCUGUCUCAGCAGGCAACACUGAUGGCCUCUAAUGAAGCCUUUAAAAAGCAGGCGGAGGGAGCAAAUGAUGCUGCGAAAAAGUACAUGGAGGAAAAUGAGAAACUGCAGGAGGUGAGUGAAUUGUGCAUGAAAAUGCCGGUUUUUCAUGACCCUAAAGGCUUAAAAGGAGCAGAAACCUUUACCUGGUGUUCUCCAUUUGUCAGUCCUCAGAGAAACAUUAUCUCUGACUCAUGUAUUUCUAGUACUUAUUGUUUGCUUGUGUGUGCAGCUCUUCAGAAGUCAGACAGCGAUGUGAAGGCCAUGAAGAAGCAGGCUGAGAACCUCACAGCGGAGUACGACCGUCUGCUGGAGGAACACGGCAGACUGCAGGCCAAAUGCGACUCUCAGCAGGACAAGAAGUCAGACUGAACGAACAUCAUCAUGCACCUGCUCUCUUUCCUGCAUCCUCAUUGGCUGAUAGCAGCUCAGCUGGCUGCGCAUCACUCCUCUGGCUGUGUAAGAAGAACAGGGUUCCGUUCUUCAUUCAUGCGCUUUCACGUGAUUCAUUAAAGCCUCUGCAGGGUUUUCACACACUGU